UUAAGCGCACAAUGUGGCCAAAGAACGCGAGCACACAAGUGAGGCUUCCGUUGUCAUUCUUCAGCUGGGUUUCGCACCGCGGCUUGGCGCUCCCAGGGAACAUUUCUCCUGAAACAACACCCAAUAUCUACUGUACGAAUCUAAUUUGAAAAAAAAAUGUCUGAACCCAAGUACCGAGAAUGGAUCCUUGAAACAAUCGAUUCUCUGCGCUCCAGAAAAGCACGCCCGGAUCUGGAAAGGAUAUGUCGAAUGGUCCGAAGACGACACGGGUCAGACCCAGACCGAACCAGGACAGAACUGGAGAAACUGAUUCAACAACAGACCGUGCUCAAAGUUAGCUACAAGGGAUCUAUUUCCUAUCGAAACGCAGCGAAGGUGCAGAGAAAAAGCAGAAAAAAGACCGAGUUGGCGCCUGCCUGUAGCGCUGGCUCUGAUGAAUCCAGGGAGCGGACCCACCACCACAUCCUAAACAACGGCGAUAGUGCUCACAGCUUCACGGACCAGGAGGACGACUCGGAACCCAGCCUAGACCAACGACUCCAAACCCCGACCAACACCACAGAAAAUACAACCAGGGAUUCUUGCGAUCCCCGUAGCGGGAGCGUGUGCCUCAGUUGUGGUGCAACGACGGGCUGUGUCGGGAGCGGCUGUCAAAGGGAGAACGCGAGUGCACCGAAAGACCCGGGAUUAGGACAACACUUAAAGGCUGGCUGCCCUUCGCCUAGCCAUGACCACAUAGUGAACGCCACGGACUGUGAUAACGACACAAUAACACCACCCGAUGCCCAUCGGAAAGAGCCGGGUUCGUGCGGUGCCGCGGGGGGCAGCGACGAAGCGGAGGACGCGAAGAAGGAAACUUGCCCGGCCGUGUACGUGCGUGCCGCCGCCGCCGACGAAGCCACUUCCAUUGAAACGCAGAAACCCCCGGUAGCCCUCAAGCCAGCUCAAGUCGGCCAGUCGGACCUGGGAGACAGACUGGUCUCAUCUGUCCGCAGCCUUUCUGAGAGAAACGUGCGAGCGUCCUCUGGAGCGACGAGAGGCCAGAUCAAGCCACUCGGACUGAGAGAGAUCUUGGGCCACCUGAGCGGCCAGGAGUGGCUCUCUGAGGAGAAGUUGACCAGAGGCAGAGUCAAAGGGGUCCUCGAGAGGGAGAUCGCUAGAGGCCGGCUGCGCAGGACCCGCUGCGGGAACAUCACUCUUCCGUUGAGGGGGGUGAUGGUGCUGGAAAAUAUGACCACGGACCGACAUCUCAACCGCGUAGCGCCGGGCAGGAACAUUGUGGGGAAGGAGAAGGAUGUGGAGGAAGGUUGUGGAGAAAAGGAGGAGGAAGAGGAGGAUCAAGACGAUCUCCAAAGUGCAGAGAAGGAGGAAGAAGGGACAACCAAACCAGGCCUAGAAGAUGACGCUGAUAUCGAGUCACCGCCAGAAAGCCCCCAACACCUGCAGCAGUAUUGUGGUGUGUCAGUUCAAGAUUCUCUGCCUAGGACGAGAUCACUUCCUGUAUGGGACGGCUUGCCCUCACACACGAGCAUUCAGCCAGGGGACAGCAUUGCCACAACCGAUACACUACAGAGAGAUGCACAUGAUCUGUCUCCACCUCCUCCUAUUCCCUGCCUGGAUCAGGUUGAGAUGCAAUUCCGUGCUUCUCCGAUCAUAAACAAUGUAGUGUGCAGGGGAGAAGUGGACAUGCACCAGGGUGUGUCAGAGGAACAAGGGAUGAACGGAGGAUUUGAUGACGGACUUCCCAUGAAGUCCGAGGGGCUUGGCAUGAGUCCCGUGGACUGGACUGUGUCCGAUGUGGCCAGUUAUUUUGCAGCAGUGGGGUUUCCUGAACAGGCAGUUGCCUUCAAGGCUCAGGAAAUUGACGGUAAGUCCCUUCUGCUGAUGCAGCGUAACGACGUACUGACUGGACUGUCUAUCAGGCUCGGCCCAGCAGUCAAGAUAUAUGAGCGUCACGUGAAAGCUUUGCAAAAAACACAUUUUGAAGAUGAUGACUGCUGACCUCAAAGGUCUGAGAAGCACAGAGCGAUGUAUAAUUUUUAGUCUUAGAGUUUAAGCUCUUACCAUGUGAAAAAAAUCACACAUUCAGAAUGUCUCAAACAAACAUUUAGAAUCAUCGCAUACAUUUAUUGUCAAAAUCACAUUGGUAACCCUGGCAAUGUCUGAAUGAGCACUUUACUGAUAUUUUAUACAAAUCUUUAUUUAAAAAGGUACUGUUAUAUAUGUAUAAUUACCAGUGUACUGUGAGGAAACAAAUCAAACGUGUGUGUGUGUGGGCGCGUGUAUGCGCCAUUUGUAUGUGCGUACAUGCGUGUGUGUGUAUAUGUAAUAAACUCGUAGCAACAUCA